CCUUGGAGCAGCCCUAGCCACACACUGCAUUUAUUAUGGAUAUCUCAGAAAUAACGUAGCCUGCAUAAAAAUACCAGGACAUAACGAAAUAGAUGAAUUGCAAAAUGUGUAAGAGGAUAACAGAACAAGAGUAGGAAAGAGUAUUGCAGUGCCACUAACUUAGUGUCAUGUGCAUCUUAAAUGACUAAAGCAGCCAGGCUACGUAGAGUGGCUAGCAUUAGCCACACAGUGUUUGUAUUGCAGGCACAGCGGGACGUUUUAACAGUUUAAGUAAUAUUAGUGUUCCAAUAGGAAGUUUGUAGCGGCGGUGACGGGGACACCGUAUUUUGCAGGGGGACGUGUGGCUGCAACACGGCAGCCGAACGACAGGCCGCAAAUGGAGCCAGGAACAUCGAGUGAAAUUACCAACGGCGCGGGGUUGCCUAGACCGAGCGGUCUUCGGGAGGAGACCCCGGGGGAAGAGGCGAAAGGCGGAGAAGCGAGCACCGUGAUGUCGAGGCGAAGAGGAGCGGACGCAGACACCGCGGAGGAGCAUACAGCGCAACGUGAAGAGGAUGAACCGGGGAAACGGAUUCAAACCGGAGGGGAAGAAGAAGCCGGCAAAUACGAGGAGGAAUUGGACCCAAGGAUUCAGGAGGAGCUGGAGCAGCUGAACCAGGCCAGUGAUGAGAUCAACCAGCUGGAGCUGCAGCUGGAUGAUGCCCGGUCCAGCUACAGGAGGAUCCUUACUGAUUCUGCCAGGAAGCUCAACGCUCAGGGCUCCCAGCUUGGCACCUGCAUUGAGAAAGCAAGGCCUUACUAUGAAGCACGCAGACUUGCCAAAGAGGCCCAACAGGAGACCCAGAAGGCCGCUCUGAGAUAUGAGAGGGCCGUGUCCAUGCACACUGCUGCCAGAGAGAUGGUAUAUGUGGCGGAGCAGGGCCUCCUGGCUGACAGGAACACCAUGGACCCCACCUGGCAGGAGAUGCUUAACCACGCCACCGCUAAGGUGAACGAGGCGGAGGAGGAGCGCCUGCGCAGCGAGCAGGAGCACCAGCGCGUCACACAGCUCUGCCAGGAAGCCGAGGCUCGAGUCCAGACCCUCCAGAAAGCCCUGAAGAAGGUCAUCCUCAAAUCCAAACCUUACUUUGAACUUAAGGCUCAAUUCAAUCACAUUCUGGAGGAACAUAAGGCUAGAGUAGUACAGUUGGAGGAGCGGGUGGCGAAAGUGAAAACACGUUACUCUGUGGCCCUGCGGAACCUGGAGCAGAUCAGCGAGCAGAUCCACGCACAGAGGGGGCGAAUCAGGGCCAGCAGGGGGCGUCCUGCAGUCUGUGGGGGGCGGAGCUCCCCUGUGGGUGCUGAGGCUGAGGUCCAAGCCGCCACUGGGAUUCCCAUCGGGAGCAGCAGUGUGGGAUUUGGCGGAAUAGAGAGCAACUGGGCGGACGGUGAGAAGACCAGGCUGUGGGUGGAGAGGCACAGGAAGAGCGGCUGGGGCCAGAGGGAGCGGCUGGAGGCGGAGCACGCCGCCUCAGACUGCAUGUCAGUCAUCAGCCUGCAGACCAUCGCCUCUGACCUGGAGAAGUGUGACUCGGUGGAGCACCUGGGUGACCUGAGCGACGCUGGGAGCGCGCUGGCGGAGGAGUGGGAGCGCGACAGAAAGCCUAAUGAGAGGCCAGGCAGCAGGGCAGCAGGGGCCGAGGACCCCCCGCAGGAGAAGGGAGAGGUUACCAAGGAGACGCAAGAGAGCUUCAACAAGCAGCACCACAGAAGUGUUAGUCUAUGAUAGUCAGCCGGAGGACUGAGCUGAGGAGAGAGGAGGAGUAAUGGUGCGUGUCCACUGGCAGCGUCAUUUCCACACUUCCCACUCAUUGUCUCUCUAAGCAGCCGGGCAAUGCAUUCUGGGAACGUCGUGGCGACUUUGAGAAGCUAAGCGUUGAGUUGCCCGCUCCACAUUUGCAUAAAGUUGAAUCCAGACUACUUUAUGUAAAUCAGAGCUCGGCUCAGCUCGCCGCCUCUCAAAAACUCCGUUGGCGAUCUAAAGUGAAGACAGAUUCAGCAGCUGCAGAUUAUUUCUCUCAUAACUAUUUUCGUAAAAUAAGCAAACAUUUGAAAUGUCUCUUUUGAAAUCCCGAGUCAAGCUUUCGUCCAAUCAGUUGCAGCCAUCGAGGUUGUAGAAGGCUGAGCCUGUUUUCUUUGCUUGUCAGUGGUCAGUGAAGAGAAACUGACAACUGCGAGUGGAGAGAACAUCAAUGGUCGAGGCCAAUGGUGAGAAGCGGGGCGAUUCCUGCCGUCACAAAACGCCACAGUGGACACGUACCGUAAGGAUUAUGGCGAGCUUAUGAUGGGGGAACAGAGAGAGACAAAGAACCCUGACUAAAAUGUGAAAUGGAGAGGCUGACAGUGACAGAGCACCGCCCGGACACUGCAGUUAGGAAUAGCAGGAAGCGUUGGCAGGUACACGGGCCACACACUAAUGAAGCUCUACGUGACAGCAAUAAUAUGAGAGAGCAGUCCUGCAGAGAGCACUGACCUCCCCUCACUCUCCACUCUGCUGCUCCACAUGCUAAAACGUAAACAAAAGUGCAUGAAACAAGUACAAACAGGCAGUUUAGAGGAAUGCAAACACGUUUCAUUUAUUUCAUGUCAGACAAUUUAAAAAAGUUGGUACCACUUGUGUUUUUGCUGAAGGGAUGGACAAAUGGGUCUCUCCGGUUUGUUAUAACUUUAGUUUUUAUUGUAGCUUUGGCCUUCAUUUCUACACUGGAUUUACUGAAGUAACUUGAGAUCUGGGAACACGGAAACACAAGCAGUCAGAUGGGUUGUACAGUUUAUCCAGAUUACCUGAACCACCUAGUCAUCUAUCACCAGACCAAGCUCAAUCUUUUAAGAUUGAACAUUAGUCUGGGGAGUCUGCUAUGUAUUUUUUUCUGCACAAGAGGCAUAGUUCAGAUGACUCUGUAAGCAAUUGGAUAGUCCUUCAACCAAUCAGACUAACGAUCCGGGUGACGUAGCGGCAUCAAUGGGUUGCUGCGAUUCGGUGGCCGCCAUGUUGAAUGUAAACAAAAAGCUGCUUGCCGUCGCUUCUCUAUCGUCAUCGUGUUAAACCCGCCAAUAGCGCGCCAGGUGGAUAAGCCAGUGAACUGAAAUCACCGGCAGAUCGGGCUGGGUUUAACCACCUUAAUUGGCAGUCAGAAGUGAGUUCACCAGAAAUGUCACUAAUAAUCCCUCAUUACACAGUAAAACUGUGUGCACACGACUAUGUAUGUAGUGGUGGGUCAAGUUAAGCCAGCAAGUCACUCUGUAAACUAUGACAAGGAACAUUUUGGGCAAACAUUUUUAGACCUGCACGUGUGGCUUUUUGGUAAUUUUAAUAAAAGAAAUUGCUAUUUGCAUGGAUGAUUUUUCUGGGACAUCUCCCUCCAUGCUCUGCCACAACGAAUCUCAGACACGCCACCCCCUAAUGCAGGAGCCUGCUUAACCACACAUUGACCUUUUUAAAUUUAGUCACAUACAAUCGUACUGCACAAUGUAGGGAAAUUCAAUUUUUCAACUUCUACUUGUGUCAGUGAAAGGUAAUUUAUGCCUCAAAUUAAUUGAUUUCAUUCAUGAGUUAUAUAUCAGUACUUUUUUACCUGUUGAAAUACGUUUUUAAAGGAGCAAUACAAUCCAUAAAAUCCACUUUUGCACUUGCCAACAAGUGAUUGCCACUCCUACCAUGUGUUUGAAAGGUUGUUUCUGCCUAUAAAUGACUUAAUUUAAUAAUUGUGGUUUAUAUCUGACAGAUUGUAGCCCACCCAGUACUUUUUACCUGUUGAAAUGCCUUUGUAAAGGGCCAAUACAUCCAGUAACAUGCAGUUUUCCAAGUGAGCUGACAUAUAUAUAUAUAUAAACUAGGCGAUACAGCUUAAACGAGCUGCGCACGCUCCCAUGGACAGCAACCAGUUUCUGGCGGAUGAUCAUUUUUUGGCGCAACACUGUCAAUCAGCCAGCCAGCGAUACAUGAACACAAAGGGAGGGGCCAACAGUUUAACAAUCCGUUUUCAUUCCCAGUUUGUUAAUAUUGACCAAAACCAAGAACAGAGAAGCUCAGAUUACAACACACACAGAGGGAGGGUGAGUCAUUCUCUGCUCAGUUACUCCACUGGCUACAUAUCUUAACAGAGCAAAUAUCAGUUUACUGCUAUAUUAAUCUUCUCAAUGCUGUGCACAGAACCCAAAGAGGCUUUAAAGUGGUGUUUUUUGAGAACGGAAUUUGGUCUGGUGUUCUGUUACUUUGUAGGGUUAUAUUGUUUUAAAUAUUGAAAUCAGUAACUUGAUAACGGUCCAAAUACUAACUAAGGAAUUAUGAUAAGAUUAUGGAUCGUGAUCCUGCCUGAAAAAAUUGUAACAUGAUAUUUUUUCAAUAUCACCCUACUUUUUCAUCCCACUUGAGUUUGCAGGUCUGCAUGUUACUGUUCACCUUUGUCUUGUCUUCCAAAUAAGUUUAGCUAGUGUGGGCAUUUGUUUCCAUCCUGUCUGACUGCCUCUUGUUUCUUGAUCCGUAAGACUACUUUUUAGUGAUGUUCCCAAAUCUCAGCAAUAAGUAAUGAUUGGCAAAACAAUAUGAUAUAGUAUUAUCCUCUUGGUAAACACUAAAAUGGAAUAUCCCUACUAUUUUAAUUUAAAAGAACAUGGCCAAAUACUACUUUUCCAUUGCCUUAUAAAGUGACUGUAGCCAUAUGGCUGUGUAUAUUGAUUUGUAAAUAUGUAUUGAUAAGAUCAUCAACUAAAAGAAAAAGGACUUUA